AGAAGUUGAGGUUUAAGGGGCGGUACUUCGGAUCGGAAGAAGAUUAAUUCGAACGGCGAUGGCGUGAGGGAAAGUGGUGGAAUUGUUAGCGUAAUUCACCAGGCAGGCGAAAACAGCACCGCAGAAAAUUGGAUAAUGGAAGAAUUGAUUCACCAAAGAUGGUUAAAAUAUAAAGCAUUUGAUCUAGAACGUCCUGUGAGUUUAAAGAAAUCAUGCUGAGAAUCUAGAAUACUUCCGAAAAAUGACAAUUUCCAUACUCAGUUACCUCAAAGAGUCAUUUACUGAAACUUUAGCUACAGUACCUGCAAAGUUAAAACACUGGAAAGUUCUGAAGAACUAAAGAAGUAAUUUUUUUUAUGAAGAAAAUGAAUUUUUCUCGAGCAGAAAAUUCUUGCUUUCUGCUUCUCUUGGUAAUCUUUCAAAUUAUAUUCGUCUUGAUACUUUACCGAGGCAGCAGUUCAGUUUUAUUUCAGGGUCAUUUAGAAAUACAUAAGUCAUUGGACUACUCAAAAUCAGAGGAUGUCUAUAUAAAUCUUAGUUUAUUUACUCCUGCUCCUCAAAAGACCACUAUGCAGACUUGUACAUCACAGUCAAAUAUACUUGUGGGACUCUUAACCAUCACCUUUGAUACACUACAUAGUGAAAGAACAAUUAUCCACAAAAAUCCAUAUGUCCAAUUGGGUGGCUGUUACAGCCCACCUCAUUGUCUAGCCCAUUACAAAACUGCUAUAAUUGUACCAUGCAGGAACUGUGAAAAGAAGUUGCACCAAUUUCUCUAUUACCUUCAUCCCUUUCUCCAACGCCAACAGCUUAGCUAUUGUAUCUACUUGAUUCAUCAGGCUGGAACUGGUCCAUUUAACAGAGCAAAGCUCCUUAAUGUUGGCAUCCAUGAGGCCAUGAAAGAGAAUGAUUGGGACUGUCUGCUUCUACAUAAUAUGGAUCUUAUUCCAGAAAAUGACUAUAAUCUUUAUGUCUGUGAUAAAUAUUAUCCCAAACACUUAUCCACUGCUAUUGACAAGUUAUAUUACCGCCUGCCAUAUUCGUCUGUUUUUGGUGGUGUUACUGCUUUGACCCCAGACCACUACAUGAAGAUAAAUGGGUUUCCAAACACAUACUGGGAGCAUCUUGAUGAAGACGACGACAUUGCAGAAAGGAUCCAUAUAGCAGGAAUGAAAAUAAUUCAGGUUCCUCUUCAUGUUGGACGUUACAAAAUGAUGGGUUAUGAACAAACACCUAGCCCUUUGCUGAAUCUAAAAAGGCCUGCUAAAUUGCAUACUUCCCAAACAUGGAAAGAUGAUGGAACAAAUUCCCUUGUCUUCAAACUCUUAGAAAAGAAGAAAAAACAUCUUUAUACACACAUUGUGGUAGAUAUUGGAGCCACACCAGCAUUACCACCUCCAAGUCAAAGAAAAAGGAAUAACACUUGACUUUGGCAUCAUCUGAAGCUUUCAAAUCCUAGAGCUUUUUACAAGCUAAAGUCACCAGGAAUGCAAGAAGGGGAAAGAGAACAUUGUUUUUGCAUGCAUUUGACCAAUUAAGCAGGAGCCAAAUACACUAUAAAGAAACCAUAUCUGAGGUAGAUUGGUUUUGCUUCAUUGACAUUAGCAACAUAGAAAUUAUCCUAUCUUGUUCUGCAGUAAACUGUCAGAAGCUAGAAGCUAUAGUUCUGCUAUAGGAAUUGUCAAGUACCAGCAACAAAUUGGUCUAUGAAUAAUUGCAAAAUGUCUACUGAAUCCUGUGCUCUUUUCUAAUUUGCACAAUGCUUCUGCAUAGCAAAUAUUUUAAAAAAAGUUAUGUUAAUGUUACUUGUUACCAAUUUUUCAGGAAAUAUAUGAAUUUGGAAUUGACUUGUGGGUCUCUUUUUGAAAGGUUUUUCAUUAGAAAAUUCAGUUUUCUAUACCCAUAUUUUAAGAAUUUAAUACUUUAAGAAAGUAUUUUUUUAAUUAUAUGUUAAUUAGGUGUUAUUUUAAAAAUAUCUUAGUGAAUUUCAAGAAACAAUUUAAAAGUAUUAAUAAACAUGUAAGUAUUUGAAUGAACUGAUUAUGUGCUUUUUUAAAACACAUUUCAUUGGGGUCUCGUUAUUUUUAAAAGUUUGAUAUAUUUGUGUAGACUGAAACUGAUUAGACAGAGAAGUUGUUUAUUUAUCAUAUUAAAAAUAUGGAAUUAAUGGAAAUGGAGAUUUACCUUGUAUUAUAUCUCAUAUAUAUAGCUCACUGAAUCAUCAUAGCAGCCCUCCUAUAGAAAGGCAGAAUAGGAAAUCUAUAAAUAUUUACUGUAAGCAAGAUUGCUGUUUGUUCAAAGCACCAAUGUUGAAUCUAUUUCCCUCUGUCCGUUUGUAAAUCAGCUGAGAAAAUAAGGAUUGUUUGCCUUUCAAAUUUAUGUGGUUUGCUAGUAGCCACCUUGACAAUAUAAAAAUAAUUUGACUUUGGUAGCUGGAACACAAUUUAUUUUUAUGCUCAUUUUUAAAAAAAAUAUAAUGUUUUGCAUUUAACCAUAGAACCAUUUCUAUGUUUAGUACUAAUAUUUUAUAUUCAUUAGUUGCAUUAAUUGUCUUCCAGCUUUCCCCUCCAUCCUGAAGAAAUAUCACUGCAUUUUAAGACCAUUCUGCACUCUAACCUUGCAAAGGUGUAUGCUAUCAUUUUAAUGUCAAUUUAUCUACUUAUGUACUCUAUGCAAAUAUGUUUGGCUGUUAUCCUUUGAAAAAUGGAAAACACAGAGUAAUCAAUUUCUUUUAGUAGUAAAUUUUCACAUUCUUAAACUGACAGAUAUUCGGAUAAAUAUGAAAACUGAAGAUCAACAGGUUAAAUUUUAUUCAAAAUUUUAUUUUUUCCUUGUUUAAGAAAAAGAAAUUAUGUACCACCCCAUUUAGAAUAUGAUGAACAGUUCUUCAACUGAAAAAAUGACAUUUUAAAAAGUUGGACUGAAAAAAAAAUCUUGUUUCAUUGAAAAAUUAACAGUUGAAUUGUUCUUAUAUCUCUUCAUUUCAAAAAAAUGUUCUAUAGAAUUCUUUAUAAAGGAUUACUUUUAUCCAAAGAAAGUCUUUAAUUUCAACGUUGU